AUGUCGUCUUCGCCAAGAUCAGAACGCUCGAAGCGAGCGGAAUAUGCGAAUCGAGCAGUGGGUGAUAAUUCUUUGAUCUCCGCCGACAUUGUUCAGGUCGAAGCUCAGAUGAAGGGGGGCAUCGAGGGAGCUAUUCGGUGGACGGUGAUCGCUGGAGCGGCCUGUGUCCUUGGGCACUAUACGUGGCCAUUUUUCAGGAGGCAGACCUUGGCGUUCAAAGGUUUCAUCACCUCGUCGGCGACCAUCUUUGGACUCGUUGUCGGUGCUGACAACCACCUGCUCAACUAUGAGGAUCACAUCAGAAGAGCAGAGACAAAUAUUCGUCGCCGUGCACACUUGAGCCUGAUCCAAGAGGGCAAGAUACCAUCAGAGGCUGAGAUUGCCAAAUGGAGACAGGAGAACGUCCCGGAAAACAAGUAA